AGUUCGUUUUCGACGAUCGCAGCGUUUGGUUGUGUGCGCGUCAUUUGCUCUGUCGGCUCUUUGGCAUUAUUUGGCGUUGAUUUUUACCAAAACAUUGCGCGAUUUCUAAACUUCAAUUAAUCAAAUUAAGCAAAAAAAAAGAACGAACAGCUUAUCUCAAAGAUAUAUGUGUUAUUGUGCGAAAGCCCCGAAAGAAAUGCUCGACAAAUGAAUUUGUUAUGCUGCCUGCUGCCAUUGUAAUAAUAAACGAGCCACAAAUUACAAAUAUACAACAAAUAAAAGGCUGUCAUAAAUUAAAAAGAAGUUAAUAAAGCAACCAGCCAAGUGGGCAUCAUAACAAGAAGCGUCGAAGUCAUCGCUGACUUCGAUGUGGUUUUUGUUGUUGCUGUUGCUGCUGGCAAAACGAGUUAUGAAAAUACAAAUUGUAUCUCAAACUAUGUGCGUGUGAGUGUCUCUACAAUACAAAAAAAUACAACAAAAAAAUUGUUAAAAGUAACACAGAAAAAAAAAACAAGAUUUGUCGCUUGUUGCUGUUGUUGUCGUUGGGUGAUCUGUGAUCGAUGACGACGACAGGCGUCAACUGAAAUUGGAUUUUUGGCGCUACGCGAGACUCCCUACCCCCACACAACCCCCUCACAGAGCUGUCGCCUGUCUACUUGAGCCUGACACCUAUCCAAAUUGCGGCCGAGUGUUGUUUUCGAGAGUGUAUUUGUGUCGAGUUGUAGAUAUCUCAACAACAUUUCGCCUGCCUGCCUGCCGCUACAUGAAAUUUUAAUUAAAAAAUCUGUCCAAAAAUAAAGUCAAAUUACUGCAAAGACGAGACAGCAGCCCCCAACUGGGUGUGCGAGUGUGUGUGUAUGUGUGUAUCUAGUACACGCCAUUAAAUGUAUCUGCAACUGAAGCAAUGUGUGUGUGUGUGAAAUUGGAUUAACACUUGGACAGUUGCACAGCACAGCGCUUUUUUUUUAAUUACCACAGUUCGGGAUUAUCAGAGAGCUGCAAUAUCCUCAGCUGAGCUAAUUUUUGUGCCCAGACAACAGAUAUAAGAAGAAUAACGCUAAACAAAGCAACAACGGAAUGGAAAAAAUGCUCAACCAUGCCGUUUGUCCAGCGUUGACAAUUUGACGCUGAACUGUCCAAAUAGCGAAUACAUCCUCCAAGCAUUUCGGCCAGCUCCAAACGCUUACGAGAGUGAUAAGGAGUGCAUAAGAGAACGCGAGAGAGAGAGAGAGAGAGAGAGCAGCUACUCUAAAGGAAAGAGAGAGCGAGUUCAACAUACACAUACAAAAGCUAACAGCUACGCACACAAUGAAGCACAACGAAAUGAGUCUGGCAACGCUAGCCACAUUCAGCAGCAAAAUCUUGGUAUUGGCUACACUGCUGCUGGUCGUCAGCCAGUGCUGCGUUCGAGCGGACAAUCCACAGCAUAUGACGGACAACGGAGGAGGCGGUCACAUGGGCAUGGGCAUGGGCUUGGGAAUGGGCUCCCACUCGAUGGAGGUGAGUCCGGCACCGGGCUACGGUGUGCCAGCCAUACCCAAAGAUCCCAAUUCGCGAUGCGAGGAAAUCACGAUACCCAUGUGCCGGGGCAUUGGCUACAACAUGACCUCCUUUCCCAACGAAAUGAAUCACGAGACCCAGGACGAGGCGGGCCUCGAGGUGCAUCAAUUCUGGCCGCUGGUCGAGAUCAAAUGCUCACCGGAUCUGAAGUUCUUCCUGUGCAGCAUGUACACACCAAUUUGCCUGGAGGAUUACCACAAACCGUUGCCCGUCUGUCGCAGCGUUUGCGAGCGUGCCCGUUCCGGCUGUGCACCCAUCAUGCAACAGUACAGCUUCGACUGGCCGGAACGCAUGGCCUGCGAACAUUUGCCGCUGCACGGUGAUCCCGACAAUCUGUGCAUGGAGCAGCCAUCGUAUACGGAAGCUGGUAGCGGCACAGGUAGUGGCAGUGGCAGUGGCGGCAGCUCUGGUAGUGGCUCAGGUGGCAAACGGAAGCAGGGCGGCUCUGGCGGAUCGGGUGGCUCCGGCACAACGGCGAACAAGUGCAAGGGCAAGAAUUCAAAAAACUGCCAAAAUUCCCUAGGAGAAAAGGCAAACGGAAAGGAGUGCAGCUGCUCGUGCCGUUCGCCGCUGAUCGUCCUGGGGAAGGAGCAGCUAAUGCAGCAGUCGCCAAUGCUGCACCAUCACUGGUACAUGAAUCUAACUGUGCAAAGGAUCGCCGGCGUACAAAAUUGCGCCAUUCCAUGCAAGGGGCCGUUCUUCACGAACGACGAAAAGGACUUCGCCGGACUGUGGAUCGCCCUGUGGUCGGGCCUGUGCUUCUGCAGCACCCUCAUGACCCUAACCACAUUCAUCAUCGACACCGAAAGAUUUAAAUAUCCCGAGAGACCCAUUGUCUUCCUAUCCGCCUGCUAUUUCAUGGUCGCCGUCGGCUAUCUAUCCCGGAACUUUCUGCAGAACGAGGAAAUUGCGUGCGACGGACGAUUGCUGCGCGAGAGUUCGACUGGUCCGCAUUCGUGCACCUUGGUCUUUCUGCUUACCUACUUCUUUGGCAUGGCCUCGUCCAUUUGGUGGGUAAUCCUCAGUUUCACAUGGUUCCUGGCCGCCGGCCUCAAGUGGGGCAAUGAGGCCAUCACCAAGCACUCGCAAUACUUCCAUUUGGCCGCCUGGUUGAUACCCACAGUUCAAUCGGUUGCCGUUCUUUUGCUCUCCGCUGUCGAUGGUGAUCCCAUUCUGGGCAUCUGCUACGUGGGCAACCUAAAUCCGGAUCAUCUGAAGACCUUUGUUCUCGCACCGCUCUUCGUUUAUCUUGUCAUUGGCACCACCUUCCUCAUGGCUGGUUUUGUGUCGCUCUUCCGGAUUCGGUCAGUGAUUAAGCAACAGGGCGGCGUUGGUGCCGGCGUCAAAGCCGAUAAGCUGGAGAAGCUCAUGAUACGCAUCGGCAUCUUCUCGGUGCUCUACACAGUACCAGCAACGAUUGUCAUCGGUUGUUAUCUGUACGAGGCUGCGUAUUUCGAGGACUGGAUCAAGGCACUGGCCUGUCCCUGUGCCCAGGUUAAGGGACCCGGCAAGAAACCGCUCUACUCCGUGCUGAUGCUCAAGUAUUUCAUGGCCCUGGCUGUGGGCAUAACGUCGGGCGUUUGGAUCUGGUCGGGCAAGACGCUGGAGAGUUGGCGACGCUUCUGGCGUCGUCUGUUCGGUGCACCCGAUCGCACUGGUGCCAAUCAGGCGCUGAUCAAACAGCGGCCACCCAUUCCCCAUCCGUAUGCCGGUUCGGGCAUGGGCAUGCCAGUGGGUUCAGCUGCGGGCUCGCUGCUGGCCACGCCAUAUACACAGGCGGGUGGUGCUUCGGUGGCAUCGACGAGCCAUCACCAUUUGCACCACCACGUUCUCAAGCAGCCAGCGGCCAGUCAUGUAUGACAUGGAGAGUCGGGAGGAGCUUCAACCAUGGGUGGCGGCAGUGUGCUGGGUGGUCAUGGCACACUGAUGAGCACGGCGGGCAUGAGCAAUAGUACGGUUGGUGGCAUGGGAGCUCCUCCUGGCAGCUUGUUACAAGGCGGUGGCGCCAAUGGCGGCGCACCCGUCAACGUUUACGGCAAUGUCAAUGGUGGCGGUGUUGGUGGCGGCGUCGGUGGUGGCGUUGGUGGUGUUGGUGGUGGUGUUGGUGCUGGUCAGAGCACAGCACCCGGUUCGGUAAUUGAUUCGCGAGCCGUCUCUGUGGUUGUUACCCUCCCAGGGGGUCCGGGCUCCCAGCAUCCGGGGCAGGCGUUGAGCGAUUACGGUCCCAUAUAGUUAAUGGUACGCCCGGACACCGCCCAUUGGGUCUCAACGAGCAGCUUCAGUCAGCUGUAAGAGAGCACAGUUUACCCUCUCUUCAUCUCACUCACGCACACUCUCACUCUCUCUGUUAGAUUCUCUUUCUCAUUGCCUGUCACUUUCUCAAAGGUUUGAAAGCAAUGCCAUAUUAAUUUUUGUAGCUUGUAGUUUGUUUAGAGAAAGCGCAAAACAGAGAUUUUAAACUAUUUGCAUAACAUUCUAGUCCAAAAAAAAAAAAAACAAAACAAAACAAAAAACCUUUAAAAUAUCAACAACAACGACAAAGACGAAGAGCGAGCAAGAGAGCAAAAAAAAGAGCGAGCACCGCCGCAGCAAAGAGAUUGAGAGUGGAAGUCGCUCUCUUGCCCAAAAAAAGAAAAAAAAAAACAAAAAAAAAGCAGUUGAGGAACCAACUUGGGCGCGUAUGUUCUGCAGCCAUUUUCCAUACAUUUCUUUGGUUCUUUCCAUUAAUUUCUUCAACGAAAUAGACUGAGAAAACAAAACGAUAAGCGUAAAUACAUAAAUAGUUUGCAUAAAACAUAGAAACCAUUAAAAUCGAAGAAGAAUCACUUACAAAAUAAAAUAUUUAUAAAAAAAAAAAAAACAGAAGAGAGCAAAAACGAAAUGCGUAACAACUCUGCCCACACUGCCAAGUCAGAGCCACGAGCCAUAUUUCGAAAUUACAAGUAACUUUUAAUCAAACUACCUAAACUAUUAACCUUAACCUUAAAUAUAAUGAAAACACACACACACACAUGCAUACAUUAAAUACAUACACAUACACACACACACAAUUCGAAUUCGCAUUUAAGGAGUGAUGUGUGUGCAAUUUUAGGGUUGUCACACCGCAUCGAAAAAAGAGAGCGAGCGAGCGCACAGUGUUGCAAAAACCAUUUGUAAAUUAUUUAAUCUUAACUUAAGGCAUUAUCCAGCACUUUUUUGUAAAUAUUUUCAAAUUGCGUUUAGUUUGUAAACGUUUUAUUUUUUUGUAACUUAACAUCCUAAACUAAAACUAUACAAGUAAAAAUACAUAAUAGUAAUUUGCAUUUUAGCGUCACUGGCAGCGCUGCAUUUACGCUCAAAAACUGAAUUUAAUUUUUACAAAAAUUCCCACAAUAAAGAAAGAAACGAAAUUAACGAAAUAUAACAACAAAUAAAAAUUGCCAACUUUUUCUGCAGCCAAAUGCAGGGCAUUUUUGCAUUUAAAAAGCAAAGGAAAAUUGUAUAAAGUAAAAAUUAAUAU